AUGGUGUCCACCGUCGCCCAGAAGCGCUUGUUCCACGAGUACAAGAAUCUCUCCACCAAUCCACCAGAGGGAAUCACCGCCGGCCCAGUCUCCGAAGAUGACAUGUUCUACUGGGAAGCGCUGAUCCAAGGCCCUGAAGAAACACCUUUCGAAGGCGGCGUUUUCGCAGCAGAGCUCAAGUUCCCCAAGGACUACCCUCUCAGCCCACCGACGAUGAAGUUCAUCGGCGGAGGCAUCUGGCACCCCAACGGUACGCCCUCUUCAUGCCGUGUAUCCCAACGGAACCGUCUGCAUUUCUAUCCUCCAUCCCCCGGCGAUGACCCCAACCACUACGAACAUGCCUCGGAGCGCUGGUCGCCUAUUCAGAGCGUGGAGAAGAUCCUCAUCUCGGUCAUGAGCAUGCUGGCCGAGCCCAACGACGAGAGCCCUGCCAAUGUUGAGGCUGCCAAGAUGUGGCGUGAACGCAGACCGGAGUAUGAGGCCAAGGUCCGGGAUGAGGUGAAGAAGGGUCUGGGGCUUUGA